UUGUCUGUGACAUCACGAUCAAGUAACAAAUGCCACUAACAGAUGUUUAUUUACUUCUGUCACUCACUAAAUUAUUCUUAUUAAUGUUGUACGCGGGAAACAUCAUCGCCAGUUCAUCAGUCAACGUGAGGGAAAGCUUAAGGGCCUCACUCUCCCGGCCUGUGCAGUUGCGCCAGGCUGUUGGUGUGUUAAUUAAGAGUGAUUAAUUAAUUCGGGCAUCAUGAGGCCAACCACCCACCACAUCAUCUACGUCAUGGGGUUUCUGGAUCUAAUGGGAGUUAGUCUUAUUCUGCCGCUGAUCAUGCCGGUGGUCAAGAGCCUCGGAACAUCUCACUUUGCUGCUGGAUGCAUAACGUCCCUCUAUGGUGCUAUACAACUGUUGUCGAGUCCCUUGGCAGGAUGGUUGAGUGACGGGAUGGGGCGGCGGCCUGUGCUGCUGCUGUGUACUCUUGCAACUGCUCUCAGCUAUGUGCUACUUGGAAUUUCUAACUACUUACUACUAAUUAUCUUUGCCAGAGUUAUAGCAGGUGUGUUUAAGCACAGCCAGACCAUGUGCCGCGCUGUGCUUGUGGACAUCACUCGUGUCCAGGACAGGUCACAAGUCUUUGGUACCUUCAAUGCCACGUCCAGCAUGGGUUUCAUUGUUGGCCCUAUGCUAGGAGGGCAUCUCUCUGAGCUAAAUAAUGGCUUCACUGUUGUCUGCAACCUGGCAGCAGUCGUGUUUGUAGUUGUCUUUGCGUUGUGUUACGUGUUCAUCCCAGAAAAAGUUGUGGACCAGGGCAGCAUCAGAGAUGUUAAAAAGAAAUCCAAAAAAGGAGGGAUCUGUCAAUCACUUUCUUUCAUGAAUGAAAUUGAGUGGGAUAUUUUUUGGGACGUCUUUCUCAUCCGUUUUUUCCUGAGCUUCUCUUCACUUGUCUACAGGACUAAUUUUUCUCUCUUGAUAAAUGAAAAAUUUGGAGUAAACCAAAAAAUCAUCGGAUACCUCCUUUCCUUUCAGGGCAUCAUCAGUGCGAUGGCAGGAUUCUUCACUGGCCGGGUGUCCAGGUUGUAUCAGAACCCCACAAAGGAGUUAUUCCACAGCUCCAUCCUACUGUGUUUUGCCCUCCUUGGACUUAGUGUUGCCCCAUCGUUGCCCUUCCUGGUGGCGUGUCUAGUGCCACUAUGCAUCAGCAGUGCUGUCAUUAGAGUUAGCAGCAGUGCAGUCACCAUAGGCCGCUGCAAGCCAUCAAAGGUGGGCUCAGUCACUGGGUUUGGGCAGAGCAUUGCAUCUGUUGCCCGGAUGGUAACCCCAAUGGUGGCAGGAGCAGCUCAGCAGGCCAGUCUCCAUGGCCCCGGGUUAGUGGGGACAUUGUCAGCUUCCAUCGGAGCAUCCCUCGCUGGCUGGGUGUCUCAUGAAACAAAGCUAAAAGAACUAUAGUUAAGAGAAGAGUGAUAUUGAUAUUGCACCCGACAUACAUUUGUUACCAUUGUUCAUAGUAAUAUACAUUUAUUAUGUACAUUGUGUGUAAUCUAGUCAGUGGGUGCAUCAUGGGGGUUUCUCCCAGUCUUGAUGCACAUGAGAAAUUGAUCUAUUCAUGAGAAUGAAUAUUUUUCCAAACAUUCCACAUAGGAUUUGCAUACCUGGGCUCCCAACACAGGAAGGCGAACACUAUUGUUGAGGCAAGGGAACCCUGUGGCUAAAGGCAUUUUGCAGUCUUCUUCUGUGUCUCAGGAAAUCACAUAGUUUUCCUUCUCCCACUUAGAUCAAUUUCUUGUGCUUUGAUUUUUCUUCUGUCAUUCUUCAAAUCAUCACAUUCUCUAUAGUAGUGAGACCAGACCCCUCAUGAGAUGCGCCAGACCCCUUAUGAGAUGCCGGCUUUCUAAUUUUUUACCCCUUCAUGGGAACUUUUCAGGAAUGAAUGCACUGUUAGCCACCAAGUAUCUUGAGGGGGGGGAGUUCCUCGUUUCAAAGUACAUGAGAAACAGAUCUAUGCAGGAGACUAUAUCUUCUUCCAAAUAUUCUGCUCGGGAUUCGAUACUGGGCCCCUUAGACGGGCAGGUGGACACUAGCAUCAAGCCAUAGGAAUCCCCCAGCUUAAGGCAUUUUAGACUUUUUUCGCAUCUCGGUUCAGUUCAGGUUGACAUGUCAAAGUCACAAAUUGAGAAAAUUAUGCACCUGUGCACAAAUAUUACUCGUUGUUUUCCUCAAAGUUGGUUACCUACAGUAUGUUUUACAAAUACAUUCCUGUUUUGAGGUCACUGAUGAGCAUACAUAUCUUGAGUUGUGGUGCUUUGUGAGACAUAGGAGUUGUGUUGCUCAGUGGUUCAAGAUUUACAAAAGUUGUGUGCUUAAGACACACACACACACACACACAUAUUGCCGAUUCUGGUCUUCUGAGAAUCCUAAAGUGAAAGGUGACCAGACUACUCCUGUAGUUAAUAUCUCAUACUUCCAUCCACAGUGUUCGUGUAGGGGAGCUGAAAGAGUUUUCUGGUUAUUUGGAGAUAGAAUGUUAGCGGUUGCAAGGGUACAGUAAAACAAGGUGUUUUGCAAUAAUGUUGGCACUUGAAAGAAUAAUUAAGAUAUUUCCUGGUUUAAGAUCGUAGUUUCAGAGUCAAAGCAAAUUUCUGGUGAUACUGAAGACUUUUUUUUGACAACCCACAUUCAGAAAUAUGGUUAAAUUAUAUUCAUUCUCAAGCAGCUUACUUUCACCAAUUGGCUUUAAAGAUUGGAAGCAAAACUACCUUGGCUGUGGAAGUGUUGAUUGUAGUUUGUAAUUUAAGGUGAAGUGACACUUGGAAAUAAUAAAAAGAUGAAAAAUAUG